UAAAGGCAGCAUGACGCUCUCCUGCCUCUGUACGAGCACAGAUGAAUACAGGGGCCAUUUAAAAACACUUCUCCAUCAGGUUUCCCUGUGACUUCCGGGGAGGAUGAUCAUGGAUGUGACUUUCCUCGGGACCGGCUCGGCCUACCCGUCCCCUCACCGCGGGGCCUCGGCCCUGGUCCUGCGGACGGAGGGGGACUGUUGGCUGUUCGACUGCGGGGAAGGGACCCAGACUCAGCUGAUGAGGAGCCCGCUCAGAGCCGGGCGAAUCUCCAAGGUUUUCAUCUCCCACCUGCACGGAGACCACCUGUUCGGCCUGCCCGGUCUGCUCUGCACCAUCAGCCUCAACACCAACCCCGACCCUCAGCAGAACCUGAACUGUGUGGACAUCUACGGGCCCCGGGGCCUCCGGCACUUUCUCAGGGUGACACUCGGCCUCACCGGGUCACAGCUGCUCUUCCCUUAUGCAGUUCAUGAGCUGGAGCCCACAGCUGACCAGAGUCCAGAGGAGGGACAGCUCAGUCUGGAGAUGACGGCAGAGAGGGGACCUCUACACCCGCAGGAGCGACCGGGCAGAACGAUCCCUCUGGACGACUCCAGUGACAGUUACCUCCUGUUUGAAGACAAGAAGUUUGUGGUCAAAGCGUUCAGGCUGUUCCACCGUGUCCCUUCCUUUGGUUUUUGCAUUAAGGAACACGAUCAUCCCGGAAGACUGAAAACUGAAGUAUUGAAGGAACUGGGCCUGAAACCAGGGCCUCUCUACGGCCGUCUCAAAGCUGGCGAGUCUGUAACUUUGGAAAGUGGGCGUGUGGUGCUGCCUACCGACGUGCAGGAGGAAUCCAUUCCAGGCAGGAAGGUCUGCAUUUUCGGAGACUGCAGCUCAGUUCUCGGGGAAGGAGCGCUGAGUCUGUGCAAGGGAGCGGACGUUCUGGUUCACGAGGCGACUCUGGGGAACGAGUACCGGGAGAAAGCAGUGGACCACGGACACAGCACGCCCGAGAUGGCAGCGGCGGUGGCAUCUGCGUGCUGUGCACGGAAGCUGGUGCUGUACCACUUCAGUCAGAGGUACAAACCCAGCUCCCUGCAGAAAGAGGGAGACGAGGAGGACGUGUCAGAGCUGAAGCGACAGGCGGAAGAGGCUCUGCAGGGCAGUGGUGUAGAAGUGGCUCUGGCUGAGGACUUGCUGACUCUGCCUAUUCCUCUCAGGAGACCGAGAUGAGGAAUAACUUGUCAGCACUAGGGCGGCCCCGGUGUGGAAAUGUUCCCACUGGAUAAUAAACUUGUGACAACACCAGUUUUACUGAUUACAUUGGACAUUUAACAAAAAAAGAUGUGUGUUGGCUCAGUGUAUACAGCGUUCCCCGAGUGAGGUUCAAGGAAAAUUUAAAUCAUUAGAAUCCGUACAAAGGCUUUUUAAAUAUAGGCGUCAGUAGUAAGUGAUUAAGUCAGAAAUGUUUGUUUGUCAUUUCUAUCAUAAAGCUUCAUAAUACACCCAGAUCCCCAAUGUUGGGCUCAGCUUUGUUGCCUCCCUCAGCUGUCUCUCUCUUCUGACCGUCUUUCUGGAAGAAAUGUCAUUGUUUCCACCAAAAAAUGUAUCAUCUAUUAACAUAAAGUAAGGCAACUUUUUACUUGAUGUUACUUUUUUAAACAGUUUAGUAAAUUUGAUUGAAUAUUCUUGAAGAUUUUCUGAAAAAUGCCCCAGAAAUAUCUGCAAUGUUCCCAGAAUCCUUCCAGAAAUGUUCCUACAUAUUCCUGUACAAUUCAAAUAAAGAGGUCCUGAACAAA